UAUGGCAAAUAAAUAAAUAAAUAAAUAUAGUAAAAUGUUUAAAGUAACGCAAGUGUACAAAUGAAAUCUGCGAUCGGAUUUAAAAAAAAAAUUGUAAAGAGCGAUUUUCUUCUAAUGCGAUAAAAUGUGAAACAGUUUUUUUUGCAAAAUUUUGAUGAUAAAGAUCUUUCAUUUAUAUCAUAUACAUCAUAUAUAAAUCAAUAAUAAAUAUUAAAAAUUUAUUACUUUCGAGAUGCCAUAAAACAUUAGACAAUCUAAUACCAACACUGAUGUAUACUUUCAUAUCAGUCCAUAGUAGAAUUCCUUGAAAUAUAACGUUUGAUAAGAAGUAAUUAUCAAAACUUUAUAGAAGUAUAUAAAGCCGCGAAUUUCUGGUCAAAAACAACAGUAACCCUUGGCAAUUCAUGCAAUUGGUAUAUUAGCGGAUAUUAUAUAGCAAAGAUAGAAAUUAUUAAUCAAAAUGAAAGUUAUUGUUCAAGUUUGUGUGCUCUUGGCCAUUAUCGCAGUCGCUUAUACCGCGAGCUCAACCUGGGGAGUGCGCAACACUACCGAUACCGUAAUUAUUUACAAACGAGUGACAUACCCAGCUGUACGAAAUGCUGUGCAGACUAUAUUUUUCGAUAUUCCAGAGUCGAAUCAGAGCAACAGCAAAGUGAUUAGCGCCAUUUACUUGCAAGACCAAUUCCAGAACAGUUCGGGUCCAGUUAAUUCUUUACUGUUUGGUGGUCCCGGUUGGACUUACGCUUCUAUACAAAUGAGAACCCAAACGGGCCUUGGUUUAAAUGUAACAUAUGUUGUUUAUGGCAAAUAAAUAAAUAAAUAGAGUAAAAUGGUUAAAGUAAA